AUGACUAUUUAUAAAUUAUUUAUAUUCAAUCGCUCUUGUAAGCUUCUAUUUAAACUCUUCAUACUUAUUGUUAUAGGUAAAUCUAUUUACAAAAAAACUUGGAAUAAUAACCGGCAUCUUGAAACAGAAAAUGACAAUUCAUCAAUGGUUCAUUCGCAAUGUAACACGUUAAAUGCAGAUGACGAAGCAAAACUUGUAUUUGGAGUACUUUAUUCAUUGCGCCGUAUUAGCAAAAAACUUGGAGGGCCAGACAAAUCAUUUAUCUCGUAUCGCACUCCAGAAUACAAACUACAUCAUUAUGAAACAGCAAGCGGACUCAAAUUUGUUUUACUGACAGAUCCUAAUUGCAAUAACUUGCUUCAUGUACUUCACCAAAUCUUUGUUAGUCUUUAUGUAGAAUUUGUUGUAAAAAAUUCUCUUGGCAAUCCAGAGUGCCCUAAAGAUGAUGUGGAAGUUGAACUGUUUGAGCUGGCACUAGAUCAGUUUAUACGGUCACUUAAGUAA